UUUAUAUGGUUGUUUCCCAAUUGUCUGAAAGAUGGUGCCUGUAGUGAGAGUCCAUGAAUCGCAGGUGGCUGAAACGCAUCAUUUCGCUGAUUAGCAAGGAUUGCAGGAUUUGAAGGCCAAAUGGUUCCUAAUGGCGGCAAUGAGCAGUGUAAGGAGUAUGUAUUCAAUGCAAAUGCUUUGCAAGGAGAAGACAACAUACCAGAGGGUUUCGUAUGGCCUGAAGAUGAUAGAAUGGAAGAGGGGAUAGCAGAGGUGGAGGUGGAAGUGCCCACUGUUGACUUGUUUGGAUUCAGAAGAGGAGAUGAAAUGGGCACCGAGAAAGCUUUGGAAGACAUUACAAAAGCCUGCCUUGAGCAUGGCUUCUUCCAAGUCAUAAACCAUAAUGUUAGUCCACAGCUCCUGGCUGCUGCUCAUGAGCACAUGGACUUGUUCUUUGCUCUGCCCUCACCACAGAAACAAAAAGCUCAGAGGAAGGUGGGUGAGAGCUGUGGGUAUGCCAGCAGCUUCACUUCUCGAUUCUCCUCAAAACUCCCAUGGAAGGAGACUCUUUCCAUUGACCACAAUCCCUCCUCAGAUGUCUCCCACUAUUUUCUCUCUGUCAUGGGAGAUGAAUUCCGACAUACAGGGCUGGUAUACAGGAAGUACUGUGAGGCAAUGGAAGAGCUGUCUCUGCAAUUGAUGGAACUGUUGGGUAUGAGUUUGGGGAUGGAUCGCAUGCAUUUUAGGAGGUUUUUUGAAGGUGGGAAUUCCAUAAUGAGGCUCAACUAUUAUCCACCCUGCCGUCAGCCCAGCCUAACAUUGGGGACAGGUCCUCACUGCGAUCCCACGUCCCUCACAAUUCUUCACCAGGACCAGGUUGGAGGCCUCCAGGUCUUCAUUCGGAACAAAUGGCUCUCUGUACGCCCCAACCUGAAUGCAUUUGUCGUUAAUAUUGGAGACACCUUCAUGGCACUAUCCAACGGAAGAUACAAGAGCUGCUUGCAUAGAGCGGUGGUGAACGAGACCACGCCUCGCAAAUCGAUCGCAUUCUUCCUCAGUCCACCGUUUGACAAAAUUGUGCGGCCUCCACAACAUUUGGUAGAUUAUAAUAAUCCUCGGAAAUAUCCAGACUUCACGUGGUCACGAUUUCUGGACUUCACCCAGAAGCACUACAGAGCUGACAUGAACACCCUUGCGGCUUUCAACAUCUGGCUCAACCAAACACAAACACAAACACAAACUCAAAUACAAUAGAUUAACUUCCCGAUACUGAGAUUUGUCUUGUCAAUAAAAACAAAGGGAGCUUCAAUGCCGCCCAAUAUUCUUUGUCAUGAUUGCCAAGGAAGAUGCUCUCUCUCUCUCUCAUUCAUAAAUUGCAAGUCAUACUGAAAUCUAUAUCUUUUCUGUUUUCAAAUGGAACAAACCCACCCAAAUGAUAGUGAUAUCAUUGGACUCGGGUGGGAGGAGAGAUUCUGGAUGGACAAACCAGACAAGACAAAUGCUACGGCAGGUGAUGUGUAAAAUCAUAAAUUGCAUAUUUUAAUGAAAUAUCGUGCAUCAAAGAUUUUGGAAGCUA